AUGGCUUCAUCAGAUGAACAUCUGAUGGUGGCUGCCAUUGAUUUCGGUAACAGAUACUCAGGAUACGCCUUUUCUUUCCGUUAUGGUUAUGAAAAGGAUCCAUUGAAGAUCUCAACCAACAACUUGACAGCAGGAUCAAGAGAUUGCGUGGAUUUCCGAAUGCCACUGAUAGUUAGAUUUUACAACCCAUGUGAACCUGGCCACACUGCCAUUCGAUUCUAUUUGUACACUUCCACAAAGAAAAAUCUCAAGUACGUAACAGACCCCGGAUGUGCCAAGAUCGGUCAUGUGACAAUCACUCUGUCUGACAGUGCUAAGGGACUGGACUGGUUGGUAGAAGUACAGAUAUCUUACACCAAAACAGAAAUAGAGAUUACAGCUGUUGACAGAAAUAGUGGGAGGGAAGCCGCAAUGUCAGUCGAGGUUUCUGGAGGUGUUGAGCUAGAAUAG